AUGAUGCGUCGUAACUCCGACAUCGAGAUCCAACUCCCUGAUGCGGGGCCAACCCCCCUUUCUCCCGACUCCGUGAACGAACCUGACGUGGAAAUGACAUCCGAGGAACCGGCACCUCCGCUUACCCUCCCACCGCACAUCGCCGCUCGCUUCUACCGCCGAAACAGCAAGGUUCGGCGCUCCUCUGCGGCCUCUUCACGACGCAGUUCUAUUUCCUCGCUGCACUCACACCACUCCAACGCAUCUUCAAAUGGCUCCACGAGCACGGAUCAUAUUGCACAGCAUCUUCGGCGCACCUCUAUCCUCGAAUCCCGCAAAGCCCGACUAGCCGAUCGCGCACUACACGCCGAAAAGGUGCGGCUGCGCGCCGCCCUGGCAAAGGCAGCAACCAGAAAUUUGCAUAGCGAAGAGCGCGCUUUGGCAGCUCAACAAGCCCGGGAGCGUCUGCUGGCUGACAUUGCGGCCAAGUGCGAGGACCAAGUCAAGCGAGCCAAGAAGAAGGCCGAGGACCAGCGGGAGAAACAGGCCGCUGAACACGCACGUCUCCGGCUUGAAAUGGCCGAGAAAUUUGCAGAGGCAGAGAAGCGACGGGUACUUUACCAGCAAACUCAUCGACGCCAGCGUACAAGCAGCUUGCCGGCUGCGGAGGAGAAGAAAAUGGCCCGAGCGGUCACCAAGUCUUUGACGCAGGACGCUGCUGCUCGGAAGGUCCAGCGAGUCUGGAGAACACACCACGCAAAGGCUGUGAUGCAGGAAUUCCGCUCAUUGAACCUGUCAGUCAGCCAAGUUCGCGAAAUGUCUUUCGAGAAGGUGGGAGCCCUUCUCUCGAACAAGGCCGUGCUGGAUACCAUGACCAAGGUCCUCCGCCUGUGCGGAUUACAAGACAUGGAGGGCGGGGCGAUGGGUGAGAGAGGCGCAGUGCGCACCUUUCUCAGCAGCUAUUUAAUUGUCACCCAUCCGACCGAGGUUCUGAGCGGUGAUGGAGAACAGGAGCAGGACUUGAUCAACAAGGCGCGUGAGCUUCUGGUGGUAUUUGAUCAGGUCACUGCGUUGCUUUCGUCUGGUUGUUGCUCACCAACUGUGAUAACCGCGGAUCUCCAGUCUUUGUGCGAAUCGUAUAAUGUGUUUUUCUCAGCCUUUCAUGCCUGGAAGUCUCACGACUCGACCGUUUUGAUUGAAAUUAUGCUUGCGCAGUUUGUCGAACUAGAACUUAUCUGGCAGACAGUGAAAGAUGACGAAGCCGGGGGCGCGGCUGAUGAUUAUCGUCAGGGCAUUCGGCAAAAUCAGAUCCUUCUCCUAGCCCGGCUCAAGCGACUUGCAGGCUCGGAUAAAGCCAUGGAGAUGAUCAGACAGUCUCUCAGGAGGGCCAAGCGAGAGAAGAAACGCUCUGCCUCGAAGCAGGCCAUUCCUCGUUCUACCGAAGUAGCGGCAGCUUCGUCGACGGACGUCCUGACCGAGAGUGUUACAUCCCCCAUCAGCGAGUCCUUUAACAAUGUGGAUGCCGCCGUUCUCCAAGAGCUGGAUAAGCAGCGCGCGUCUCCACAUGAACGAUUUACCAAGAUUCUUACUGCCCUUCCCGAGAAUCGGGUUUUGGUACACGAGCUUCUGCUUAAUAAAGAAUACAAGAUAGAGGAGGCAUCAUACACGGAUCCUAGACGGCAAAUUAUGGAGCAUAUGUGCGAACAGAUGAGACGGGAUGUGGAAGCAGGGAAUGGCACUGGCUGGACUGUUGCCAUGGCCACUGUGAUCCAAGACCGUUUACUACGCUCACUUCGACCCGGCAACUCCCUUUACGUCCUUAUCAGCGAAGUGUUGGACCCGAAGCUGGUUGAGAGCCAGUGCAAGGCGGGCUCAUUCUCUUAUGAGAAUUUCUUCAGCUUCAUGAACAAUAUCUUGCCUCGCCUCUGCGCGCCAUAUCGAGACCCAGUCGUCAAAGCAUUCGCCGAGGAUACCUCUGGCGACGCCAUCGAUCGACUGGCGAGAUUGAUGAGUAUAAUUGACCUGCUGUCACUGGAUCACACGAAUUUCAUGAUCCAAGUCGCCGCGCCACAGCUUAUCCAGGAGGCGCCAGGUUAUGAACAGCGGACCUUUGACAAGGGUGUUGCGGAUGGUACGACCACACUUGGAAAGACCCGACGUUUCUGGCGCACCAAUCGAAAGAUUAUUGUCGACGAAAUGAAGAAGCGAGACCCGGAGAAUAUACACGGAGAGCCUCGCCCCCCUGCGUCCCGAGUGUAUGCACACGGUCUUGCGGACCUGGUCCUGAGCAACGGUAUAGUAUCCGAGGAUCUGAUCCCGGAGACGCUGGCGCUUGACCAGCAGCGACUUGAGCGGCUACACGCGAAAGCGUUCCAAAUUGUGGCGACAGCGUCCAUCUUGCUGACUGCCAAGAAUUUGCUGAAGCGGGAUGCACGGUCUCAGUGGAAGCCAGAGGCCGAUCGGAUCCUGUCUCUGAACUUCAACGAGAUUAGUGCAGAGCGAGUGCACUCCAUCCUCGAGUCGACGCAUCCCAUGCCGCCGGCUGCCAGUGCCCAGCUUGCGGCCACAAUUAGACGAGUUCUUACACCUGUUGCUACCGCAAGCUCUUCCGCUGCAUCCCAGCCUGCGGUGCAGGUUCAUGCGGAUGCAUCUUCCGAGCCGUCGACCGCCGCGCCUGCCGCCAACGGGCCUUCUGCACCAAGCUUCUCUGACCCGGUGGCCAAGCUCAUUCUCUCCCGCCUGCGGAGCCAUGUCUUGUCUCGCCUGAGUGCAUCAAGCGCCUCCGAGAGAGUCCGAGCUACCACGACCGCAAGUCAGAGCCUCGCCGCUGCGGGUAUGCCGGAGUUUGUCAGCGAAGUCGGCAAGUUGGUUGAUGAGCUGGAGAAAGUGCGUGAGGUCGAUUGGCUCUGCCAUAACAGCGUGUAUGAGCGUCUCUGUGAAGAAGGCGUUCCCCCACAGUAA